GGGCGUGCCACCGCCCGUUUGCUCUUCAGCGGCCGGUCGGGGGCGGUGGAAGAGCGAGUGAAGGGAGCGCGACGCCGACGGCGACAGAGCCCUCUCUGGACUGCCAGGAGGAAAGCGAGGCCCGAGCCUCUGCGUCUAGUAUAACAGAGUACCUAAGUGCUGAGGGGCUGAGGCGACUCGAAGCAGAGAAGUAAUCUGAGUGGUGUGGAGUUAAUCAGGGAAAGUUUCCUGGAAGAGGAUCAGAAUGGUUUCAAUCCCAGAAUACUAUGAAGGCAAGAAUGUCCUCCUCACUGGAGCUACUGGUUUCCUAGGGAAGGUACUUCUGGAAAAGUUGCUGAGGUCUUGUCCUAAGGUGAAUUCAGUGUAUGUUUUGGUGAGGCAGAAAGCUGGACAGACACCCCAGGAACGAGUAGAAGAAGUCAUUAGUGGCAAGCUUUUUGACAGAUUGAGAGAUGAAAAUCCAGAUUUUAGGGAGAAAAUUAUAGCAGUCAACAGUGAACUCACCCAACCUAAACUGGCUCUUAGUGAAGAAGAUAAAGAGAUCAUCAUAGAGUCUACCAAUAUUAUAUUCCACUGUGCAGCUACAGUAAGGUUUAAUGAAAACUUGAGAGAUGCUGUUCAGUUAAAUGUGAUUGCUACACGACAGCUUAUUCUGCUUGCACAACAGAUGAAGAAUCUGGAAGUGUUCAUGCAUGUAUCAACGGCAUAUGCCUACUGCAAUCGAAAGCAUAUUGAUGAAGUAGUCUAUCCACCCCCUGUGGAUCCCAAGAAGCUGAUUGAUUCUUUAGAGUGGAUGGAUGAUGGCCUAGUAAAUGACAUCACACCAAAAUUGAUAGGAGACAGACCUAAUACAUACAUAUACACAAAAGCAUUGGCAGAAUAUGUCGUACAACAAGAAGGAGCAAAGCUAAAUGUGGCGAUUGUAAGGCCAUCAAUUGUUGGUGCCAGUUGGAAAGAACCUUUUCCAGGAUGGAUUGAUAACUUUAAUGGACCAAGUGGUCUCUUUAUUGCGGCAGGGAAAGGAAUUCUUCGAACAAUGCGUGCCUCCAACAAUGCCCUUGCAGAUCUUGUUCCUGUAGAUGUAGUUGUCAACAUGAGUCUUGCGGCAGCCUGGUAUUCCGGAGUUAAUAGACCAAGAAACAUCAUGGUGUAUAAUUGUACAACAGGCAGCACUAAUCCUUUCCACUGGGGUGAAGUUGAAUACCAUGUAAUUUCCACUUUCAAGAGGAAUCCUCUCGAACAGGCCUUCAGACGGCCCAAUGUAAAUCUAACCUCCAAUCACCUUUUAUAUCAUUACUGGAUUGCUGUAAGCCAUAAGGCCCCAGCAUUCCUGUAUGAUAUCUACCUCAGGAUGACUGGAAGAAGCCCAAGGAUGAUGAAGACAAUAACUCGUCUUCACAAAGCUAUGGUGUUUCUUGAAUAUUUCACAAGUAAUUCUUGGGUUUGGAAUACUGACAAUGUCAAUAUGUUAAUGAAUCAACUAAACCCGGAAGAUAAAAAGACUUUUAAUAUUGAUGUACGACAGUUACAUUGGGCAGAAUAUAUAGAGAACUACUGUAUGGGAACUAAGAAAUAUGUAUUGAAUGAAGAAAUGUCUGGCCUCCCUGCAGCUAGAAAACAUCUGAACAAGUUGAGGAACAUACGUUACGGUUUCAAUACUAUCCUCGUGAUCCUGAUUUGGCGCAUUUUUAUCGCAAGAUCACAAAUGGCAAGAAACAUCUGGUACUUUGUGGUUAGUCUGUGCUACAAGUUUCUGUCUUACUUCCGAGCAUCCAGCACUAUGAGAUACUGAAGACAAGAAUUUAGCAUUAGAACAUCUAUGCAUAUGGUGGUCUAAAUGCACAAAAUGUAAAAUGUACUUAAGUCAUUUCACCUUUUGUCAAGACAUUAAACCAUCUUAACUCAGAGUGUGGAGUAAAUUAUGGAACGUUUUAUGUAACAUAUGCUCAUAAAAACCUAGUGAAUACACUGUGGUAUGCCAACUCAAAUCUAUAAUAGCCACCAAAACCAUGACUUAACAUUUUGAUCCCUGGGGAAAAGGGGUUGGGUGAGGAUAGGAGUGGGGAAAUAGGAACACUGACCAGUAUAACUGUGCGAUUCUGGAACAUAUUAAUUAAAAUAUGCCUUAACAUACAGUGAUUUUCUAAUUAUAAUAUUUAGUGCAGUGGAAAGCAUUUAUUUGGACAGGAAUACUAGCUAAGUGGUAGAUAUUUGAUUCUUCAGUGUUUGAUUUUUUUCAUCAGUUCAAGUGGGUUUUAGUUUUGUUAAAAUUACAACCAAACUAUUUUCACCUCAUCCUGUAAGUUAUUGAGUAGUCUCAGACAUGAGAGACACGUUCUCAUUUUUCUUUCUCUGAUUAGAGGUCUGAUGCAUAUCAUUUUUCUAUAAGCAGUCAGUUGCUUUCAUAAUCAGAAGGCAAUAUAUUAUUAUAGAGGCCCUACUGGAUCUAAAUGAGUUUGAGAAUCAUGUCAACAUACACUAUGUGUUUUUAGAAGGAAAAUGAAAAUUCAGUAAGACAGUUAGUAUCAAAAAGAAUAGGAAUACAUUUUUCUUGACCACAUUAUGACCAAAUGAAAAUCCGUUCUGUGACAUUUUGUUCAUAUUUUGAAGCUGGAUGAUUACUUGAGACUUUGACAAGCAGGUGUGGGUACAGGGAGGAAUUCACCAUACUUAUGCUCUCUGCCCUUUAUAAAUUUUAUUAAUAGGACUUUAAAAGGCUUAUACUGUCUUUCCAAUGAAAACUAAAAGUACAUUACUAUGGAAGAAUGUAUUUGCAGGUAGUCAUAGCAUUAAGAAAAUGUUCUCGUGUGUAAACACAUACUAAUUUUUGACCUUGAGAGCUGAAUUUCUUCCAGAAAAACAAAAUAAUACAUAAAAUAAUGUGUAUAAAAUUAAAGAACUUUAUUUACAUACCACAUAAGGUAGCAAACUGUUGAAUGAGUUUAAAGAUAUCAUUUAUUUUUUUCUGCAUGUGGUUUUAGCUUUUAGAAAGGAAUUCAUUAUAGAAACAAGUAAUAGCAAGAAAAUCGAUGUAUAUUUUAAUGAUACAUUACAAUUCCCUUUAAAUCUUAAUAGUAGGUAACUCUCCUUACUGUUAUAACACAUUUGCUUUAACAUAUCAGCCUAACAUGUUCUAAUUUAGCUGAUCAAGUUGUACUAUAUUUAAAUCAUUAACAAUGUGUCUUGAAUAUGUUUAAUGAAGUCAGUUCACAAUACAAAAAGUUACAUAGAACUUUACAUCUUAAUUUUCUUCAUCAAUUUAAAUGCAAUGUAUAAGAAAUUUAUUUUGUUAUUGUGAAAAAACUAAAUGUAAAGGAAACCACCUUCUUCCAUGCAGGUGUAUAAUCUUGAAAAGGAAAAUGCUUCCAUGUUGAAGCCAGAUUUUCUGUAGUAAACCUUUUAAAACAUUAUUUUAAAAGAAAUAUGUAUAUAAAUAUAAAUACAUAUGUAUUCUUUGCAAUGAUACUAAAGUCUCUGGUUUAGGACCAUACCUUGUGUAAGGUGUGAGAGACCAUGGCAGUGUCUAAAAAUGGAAUAAAUGAUGAUGCCUUUGAUUUGAAGUGGCCCACAAAGUUAACUAUAGAUGCUCUAUACAUUGAGUACUCCAUCUCUCCAAAUACAUUUCCAUAAUGUGUUGAAAACAUGCUAACAUUUGUAUGAUUUUUACACAUCUGCUGAAUAUACUUAGAAUCAGAUGAAUUGUCUUUGUGUCUUGCAAAAGAAUCAGGUACAACUUUGGCAGGUGUGUGAAGCACAUGGAAGGUGUAUGUCUCUGAACUCUGUCAGUUCUAGUAAUUGUUCUUACAAUCUAACUUAAAGAAAUGAUAACUGGGAGGGUGCUGAGGCCACUGCAUUAAUUUUGUGUGUUUAGAAUUCUUCUGUCAAAAGAAAGCUAAUGAAUAAUUUAAUAUGUCAUUCUGGAACUUAAAGUUCUAAAAUUAGUAUAAAAAGUAUAUAGGUUGUUAAUCCUCACCAACUUGACUUUAAGCUUAACUCAAACAAAGAUUUUGGAAAUCAUUUGUAUUUAUGUCAUUUGCUAGAUAUGGUUUUUAGUUCUUUCUGAUUGUGUUUUACACACAAACUCAAAUUUUAACAGGAUAGCCUGUUAAAUAAAUCUAAUAUUUCAUUUAACUCAUUUGAUAAAGCUGAUUUUUAAACAUUGGGUUUUUUCCCCCUAUUCACCCUUGAUUCUUAUAAUUCUAACAUAUGCAUUUGUCAGUCGUGAAGUCAUUAUAACUGUAUUUAAACUUGACUUGGCAACAUUAAUAUGUUCAAAAACUCAACACAGAGAAGCAUGGCAAUACAUUCUUUGACUUAAGGAUGGUAUAAAAUAAAUAUUUUCUGAAUCUGUGUAAUAAAGCUUGGAAGCAGGGAGGAAAAAUCUUCUCUCCCUUUUUUGUGCUUGUCUGUAGGAACUGUUUCAGGGUUUUUUGCUUUUUGUUUUAAAUGUAAAUCGAUAGUCUUUUAUAAGAAAUAAUAGAAGCAUUAUUGGGUGCCUUUGUUUGUAAACCAAAAAGUAAUAAAUGAAUCCCUAUAUUUCCAUUAUAGUAUUUAUUGUAUUUUUACAAUAAUUGUCCUGAAAAUUACUCAUGGGGUAAUGUGGUUAGGAUUACGGGAAACAGUUCUCAUUUAUACUUCUUACCUUUUUAAAGGUGUACUCAUUACUUUUUAUAUCCUAAUUUUGUUGAAUUCUAAAUCUCUUACACAGCAUUUUAGGGGAAGCAUAUAGGCAGGAUGAAUACUUUUUGUUAAAGUAUCAUUUUUAUUUAUUAGCUGGAAUGAGGUGGUUUUUCUAAAAACAGUGCCAGGGUGUCAUUAGGCUCCAGCUCCUCUCCUCCACAUUGAAUGAUAUUAUAUUAAUUUAUAAAUACAUUUGUUGUAAUUUGUCUAUUGAGUAAGUAUAAGGAAUCAUUCAUUAGUAAUAGAGGGUAACUAAAAAAGGAGAGAGCUGAUAUCAGGCUGGGGUACAGGUGAAUAUAAAUGUCCUUCCUAGCCAAGCUCUUCUAGGCUGACUCCAAGCUGUGACUUGAAAAUAUUAGCACUGACUUGCUCUAUUUUGAGAAAAACUCCCUAAUCUUUUGCAUGAGAAGCUAGAGAAAGGAAGGUAUACUGCAUAACUUGAUAUAGAAAUGUGUUAAUUAAAUUUACAGUCUCUGUGAUAAAAGAAAUAUGAAAUAUUUUCUUAUUGAAUUAGUAUUUUUAUCUUGAGACAUUUUCAAGUCAUAGAAUGAAUGAAUGCCUUUUUUUUUUAUGAUGGUACUCUCUUAGCAUACAUCUCUGCUACCCUUAAGAUUCCUAAACAAAUCAUCUUUGUCAUUUGAGCAUAUUUGUUAAAUUAUUCCUUUGAUUUUUCUUUAUUAAAGAAAAUUUGAGUAA